AGGGCCUCGGCGUGGGGAAAAUGAGCCGCAUCUACCAGGAUAGCGCCCUCCGCAACAAGGCCGUGCAGAGCGCGCGCCUGCCGGGAACCUGGGACCCUGCCACCCACCAAGGGGGAAAUGGCAUCUUGCUGGAGGGGGAGCUCGUGGAUGUAUCUCGGCACAGCAUCUUGGAUGCCCAUGGCAGGAAGGAGCGCUACUAUGUGCUGUAUAUCCAGCCCAGCUGUAUCCACAGGCGUAAGUUUGACCCCAAGGGAAAUGAAAUUGAGCCCAACUUCAGUGCCACCAGGAAGGUGAACACAGGCUUCCUCAUGUCAUCUUACAAGGUGGAGGCCAAGGGCGACACAGACCGGCUCACCCUGGAGGCGCUGAAGAGCCUGGUAAACAAGCCCCAGCUGCUGGAAUUGACAGAGAGCCUCACCCCAGACCAGGCGGUGGCAUUCUGGAUGCCUGAGUCAGAGAUGGAGGUCAUGGAACUCGAACUGGGGACUGGAGUGCGAUUAAAAACUCGGGGUGAUGGUCCCUUCAUAGAUUCCUUAGCCAAACUGGAGCUGGGGACAGUGACCAAGUGUAAUUUUGCUGGUGAUGGAAAGACGGGAGCUUCCUGGACAGACAAUAUCAUGGCCCAGAAGUCUUCAGAGAGGAACACAGCAGAGAUCCGAGAGCAAGGAGACGGGGCAGAGGACGAGGAAUGGGAUGACUGAGGUGCCUCCUCAACUAGACCAGCAUCUGGGAUGGUGUCGCUGAGAAGUGGCCACACCAACUUCUGCCUUGGAGAGAUCAGGCUGUCAAGCAGAAUAUCAUUGAACACCCUCUGAUGAAAUCAAACCCAAGACCUCAGUACUCACCAAGGGUCUCCAGGCUAUGGCUUUUGUAUGUCUGUGGCCCUCAUUGGAUGCAAGGCUAGCUUUCCUAGAUCUAUCUCCAGUAUUCCUUUCCCUAGGUAGCAGGCAUGGACUAGAUGAGUCCUCCAAGGUACACAAUUGACAAAGGCUCCUUGUCUGAGUCCAGAGGGACUCAGGGGGUAAGAGCGCCGGCUCUUUCCAAUCCUGCAGUUUUCUCCUUUUUUUGCUUUCUACCCUGUGCCAGCUUCUUUUUGUGCCUCUGUUCUCCUGUCCCAGUCUUCCUCUGUCUGUUCUUCCCUGUCCCACACCCAAGAUACCACUUCAUUAUUUCUAUUCAGCUCUGUGCCUCUGUGGGCUUUCCUGCCUUAGAUCUCUGUCUUAGGGCUCUUACUGCUCCAAUGAAACCCGACGACCCAAAGCAACUUGGGGAGGGAAGGGUUUAUUUCACUCACAGAUCCGUAGAACAGUUCAUCACCAGUAAAGCAGUGAGAGCAGGAGCUCAAGCAGGGCAGGAACCUGGAGGCAGGAGCAGAGAGCGUGGUGUGCUGCAAACUGGCUCGCUCUGUUUGCUUUCUUCUAGAACCCAGGACCACCAGCCCAGUAAUGGCAUUACCUAGAAUGGGCUGGGCCGGGGUACUCUAGCUUCUGUCAGGUUGACAUAAAGCUAGUUAUCACACACCUAUCUGGCUGCUGUCCUAAAGAUGCCAUUUUUGGGAAGGCCUUCAGCCUUCCCAGCUGUGUCUAGCCGGUCCACAAGUCUUGACUCAUUCCACUGGGCCAACUUUUUAUAUUUUUAAAAUAUUUUCUUUUUAAUAAAUAGUGCUGGUACUUAAACCUAGUGCUCCAUGCUUGCUAGGUGAGUGAUCCACCACUGUCUACACCAACAAGUCCCAGACCGUAUUUUUUGGUAUGACUCUUUUUGUUGUUUUGUACUUGGAGAACUUCUUAGGAGUGAGUACUCUUCGGGAAAGAAUUCCUCCACACGACUGGGUUCUUGUCUCGUGUUUAUGGUCUUCUAGCUGAGUCACAAUCCUAGACGAGAACCCCAGUCUUAGUGUGCCCCUGCUCAGCCCUGUGACAAGAUCUGGAACGGAAGUCUACACGUCUUGAGUGUGACCAUGGCAGGUGUACGCAUCCUGCCUGAUCCUGGGAAAAAGGGUGAGGGAGGACAGGGAUUACUGAUCCGACUUCAUGGUUCAAACUCAAUGACAGAUGCUUUCUGUCACCAGUACUGACAAUACUGAGUUCUUCCUGAUGCUAGUGCUUAAGUUAAGUACUUGGAGUAGUCUGUCACAACAACCCUAUGAUGUACAUAGGAUAAAUAUCCCCAUUUUUGAUACAU